UAGUUCCAGUUGGCGUGUGGUUGUGGUGGGGAGUGCACACACGCCUCUCUCCCUCUCUCCUGUCUUUCUCCUCCUGUUCGUGUGUUCCUUAUUGUGGCAGCCUGUUAACCUACGUGUACUACCUUUCCUUCCUCUUUGUUUUGUUUGGUGUUAAGUUUGUCCAUGUUAAACCCACGGACGCAGUCAAUCGCUCACUUGUUGUUUUGCUUGUUUUUGUUUUGCUCACCUUCCUCUUUCCUUUAUAUACCUGUUUUGUGUUGUGUUUUCUCACCGUUUGUUUGUUGGUUGGUUUGUCUUCCUGUACUGUUUGAUUCACCUUCCGUUUUUCUGUCCUUUUCGUGUGUAUUGUUUUGGUUUCAUUCUGUCGAUUAGUUUGUCUUCUGUUUUCUUUACCCCUUCGUUCCUCUAUCGUGUUUUGUUUUCCUAUUGUUUUGUUUUGUUUUUGGUUCUCCUCGUUUGUGUUAAGUACUAUAUAAGCCUACUGUGGGUUGUUGGUUUUGUUUGGCCUUAUUUAUUCGUGAGUGCGUGUCCUCGAAGUUGCACGCAUGGAAUGGAGAAAUUAAAUAGCCGUGACACUACUGGGCUGCUGCUGCCGUUGGUGAUACUACUCUGCCGAAGGAAAGUAGCAGUAGCAGGUGAAAAAAGCAGCAGCAGUAGUAGUAGCAGUAGCAGCAGAAGUCUUACGGAAGCCAGCAGAAGCGGUAACUUGCACAAAGGUCUCUUCUGCUGUUAAAUCGAUCGUGUAAGAGAAAAAUACGACGAUGAACAAAACGAACGAUACAGUGACGACAAUGAUGAGGACAAGUUUACGAUGGAAGGCAUUUCGUGAAUGAGCGGCAAGAGGACUCGAUCGUUCAAAUGUGCCGUUCAUCACAGAGAUCGCCAAGUCGCCUCUGAGAACGACUUCCACCUUCUCCUUUACGAACCCCCAAUCUUCAACAAAAUGGUUCGCCUCAUCGCGGACGAGUUCCUGACGGAGGAGCGCGACAGAAAGUACUACGCGGACCACUACAGGUGUUGGCCGCCGCCGCUCUUCGUCAUCGCCGUCACUCUAGUCCAGCUCGGGGUGUUCGCCUACUACACGAUCAUCACCGGCGAGAUGAACGUGCCGGGCCCCGUGGCCGUGGACUCGCCCUUCAUCUACAGACCAGACAAGCGGCAGCAGGUCUGGAGGUUCAUCUUCUACGCUUACCUUCAUAUGGGGUGGGUCCACUUAGCCUUCAACCUACUAGUGCAGCUGCUGGUGGGGCUGCCGCUGGAGAUGGUGCACGGCUCGGCCAGGAUAGGCACCGUGUACCUGGCGGGGGUGCUGGCCGGCUCCCUCGGUACGUCCGUCUUCGAUGCGGACGUGUACCUGGUGGGGGCGUCCGGCGGGGUGUACGCACUGCUCGCGGCUCACCUCGCUAACGUGCUUAUAAACUACAACAACAUGCAGUUCGGCAUCUUGAGGCUAAUCGGCGUCUUCUUUUUCGCGAGCGCCGACGUGGGCUACGCCAUCUAUGACAGAUACGCGCACGAGACGGCGGGUCUGCCCGUGUCGUACGUGGCGCACCUUACCGGGGCGUUGGCGGGCCUCACGCUGGGCUUGGUUGUCCUAAAGAAUUUCGAGCAGCGCCUACAUGAGCAGCUGCUGUGGUGGGUGGCGCUCGGGGUGUACGCGGCGUGCACGCUGUUCGCCGUGCUGUUCAACCUGCUGCACCCAUACCCCUACCUGGGCGUGGCUCAGGGGCUGCAGCUCUAAGUGGACGGUCUUUUUUGAGGUUCGAAGUGCCGAGUACCGGUAUAACAUUUCUCCCUUCUCUGUCUUGGACAUCAUGGGUGACUAUUCAUAUCUUUCCUAAUUCCACACUCCACAUACUAAGAAAGACUUUAAUAAUAGUCCCCAUUAUGCUGCCCACGUCAGAGGAGGAAGAAGUGAGAAUGUGUUGGUUUUACUUGACAAAUCGGCCCCCAAGAAAGAGAGUCUCUUAGGCGGCGUGCUGUGUGGGGCGCCGCUCUGUUCUGUGGCCCGCGAGCCGUGUGCCGCGGCCUGCCUGCCCCCUCUAUGGUGCUGUGACUCAAGCCAAAGUUCGUCUCCGCUCAUACUGGUGAAAGUGACCCUAGUGUAAGACGCCCAAAUCAAAGGUACCGCGACUACCUUUUUUUAAACUCAGAGACACGAAAGAAAGAACACAGAUAGUUAUUUAUUAUUAGUGUCAUAUUAUAGAUGAUUUUUUUCUGCCUCCUGUACAGUUUUACAAUUAUUAUUAAUAUCACAAUUAAUUAUUAUUAUUAUUAUUAUAUUCCAUGCUUGUUAUCUAUACAUAUUAAUACCUAGUCAAAACCCAACAUUUCCAAAGGAUUUUUCUUCUCUACCUCUAUUAUACAUCACCAUUAUCAUUACUAUUAUUAUUAUUAUUAUUAUUAUUAUUAUUAUUAUUAUUAUUAUUAUUGUCAUUAUUAUCAUUGCCAUUGUUUUUAUUGCCACUUUUUUAUUAUUUUGUCAUUGUAUUAUUAUUAUUAUUAUUAUUUCUUCAUCAUUAUCACGAAUCAGUUAAUAAGUAAGCAUCUUCCCCAAACAUUCAAUCAUUAUCUUCAUAGUAUAUAUUAUUAUUUCCCCGUUAGUCACGUCACGUCACGCCUCGCUCGCCGACACGCACGCACGUCACCCUCACACCCUCACACUCACCCACUCACCCACUCAUCCUCAUUGUCACGGUAACACUUAAUGGCUGCCCCGCCCGCCCCGACAAGCUGGGUGUGGUCAGGGUGGCCGUGGCUCUAGUCUCUCUCUGGUGCUUUCCCAAGACGAAAACACCAGCGCAUCGUCAGUCAUUCUCACGCCAUGCAGCAAAGGGGCGCCCCGGCUGGCGGGAGGGCAGGGAAAGGCGAGGGUGAAACAAGGGAAGGGUGAUGUAUGCCCCUCCUUCCCUUAGCCUAACCCUGUUCUGUAGCCUUGCCAGCCGCCCCACCAAAGCCUUUAUUACGUAUAGCUUCUCGGCAUUCAUUCAUAGUCCAUUCCUUAUUAUUAUUAUUAUUAUUAUUAUUAUUAUUAUUAUUAUUAUUAUUAUACACCUUUCUGAUAAUAGUAAUGUUCAUUUUGGUUGUCUAGUCUACUAUUCACUGGUUUUAUUUUAUUUAUCUUUUUGAAAUGUCUGUUGAUACCGUUGUUAUUUUUUUAUCAUUAUCAUUUCGAUUUCAGUCAGUUAACAACCACCUUCCUGUCGUGAAUGCAUAAAUGACAUAGAUGUAUGGUGUAUAUUUUUACGUUUUGUAUGUUUCUACAUGUCCAAAUACUGUGUAAGAAGAAUGUUAUUUAUAUCAGUAAAAUCUUUCUAUAUAA